CUUGAUGCUUGGCUUAAGCUGGGAAGAACCAAGGACCUUGCCGUGCAAGCCGGGUGUGUUGUCAGACUCGGUUGCAGACAAUACGCAGUACGUUUGGUUGUCUAUGUGCUUACGUGCUUGGCUUUGGAGACCUGUUCCUGUGAGAUUAUGUCGAGAAUGAACAAUCUCGUUCACUCCGGUGUUGUUGAUCCAGACCUUGAUGUCUUGGGUUUCUCGUCCCUGGAGUCUAUUGUGCACGUUCUUUUGGGGGCUAAAUCAGCAUCUGCCGGGAUAGGGGCUAAUUAUUCCUGGCCAUCAUUGCCUCCCAUUGAGGCACAUGGGAAAGGUGCAGUGCAGAUCGAGACGGAGAGAGGAGAUUGA